AUGACCUUCCCGCCAGCCGACAACCGCCGACACAAGCUUCGCCAGCUUGAACGUGUCUACCACAACACCCCCGAUCCUUAUGGUCUGCUUGCAGCCAAGAUGGAAUCGCUCCAAUUGCGCAUCCCACCCCAAGCGGUGCUCCCGCCGGAGCUCCUUGCGGACAUCUUCAAACUCUGCACCGAUUUCCCCGACCCAACAGCUCUCCCUCCCAAACAGGACGAUCUCAUUCUGACAUUAACGCACGUCUGUGCCUCCUGGCGCCAUAUCGUCUUAUCCCUCACCGAGCUCUGGUCUGCCAUCGCAAUUAACAUCACCACAACUAGGUGUGACCUUAUUGGCGAAGUCGCAACUCUUUCGCGCAGCUGGUUGUCGAGGGCUGGGAGCAAUACCAUUUCGCUGACGGUCGAAUGCUCGAGAGAGCUCGCUGUCGCCGCUAAUUCGGAUCCCACUCUAAUGUCGGCGCUAUCUGCGUUGAUGGACUGUGUCGUCCUACAAAACACGAGACGGACAAGAUUCUUAGAGCUCCGCUUCCCCGAGCCGUGCGUUUCUACGCUAUUCGAUGUGCCAGAAGGCAGCUUUUCGGAGCUACAAAGCUUCGAGCUCAGUCCAUACAUCUUCAUGCAUGACAUGGAAAAUGAAAAUGUCGAUGCGAAAUGGAAAUGGCGAGGCUCUGCCCCCGGGUUUGCAAGCGCCAGUCGACUCUUUCAUGCGGCAUUCACUCCUGCUUGGCCGUCUCUGUCAGAUCUCAUGGACAAUCUGGGCGAAGAGACAAUAGGGCCGAUCUUCAAUGACAACGGCGGGGUGGGCAAUGGGACUGCCAGUGCUUUUCGUGCGACAGAUGUGGUCCUACCUUGGCGCAAUCUUCGCAGCCUGGAGUUCAUGUUUACAAUGUGCCCUUUCGAUAUCUGGCUCAAUGCCCUGUCGCAAUGUCCCCUGCUCGAAAGAUGCCUCAUUGGCGUCAGCCCCGGCCCGCUUCCAGUAUCCCCUAUUCAAAUCCGCCUCGAAAACCUGGACUAUAUAUAUAUCAUGUCCGCGGAGGGUGGCGGGGACAUUCUGUUAUCCUCCCUGGUUACGCCGAACCUGCGCUCCUGUAGCCUGCAGGGACACAUCUCCGUGAGAUCCUUAUUUGACUUCCAGAGACGCUCGGGCUUCGAGCUCAUCGUCCUUGUCACCCUCCUCAACAUCCCCACCAACGAUGUAUACCCGCUGCUCGAGGCGUUCCCCACGCUCGUCUUCCUUGGGUUCGUUAUGGCAACAACAGAACACUACCCCGAAGACGUCUGGUCCCGCAUCGCGCGUCGCGAAGUCCUUCCAAAUCUUCUGUACUUGAUCAUUACACCGCGGGUGUCGCAAAUUUCAGCACUCGCUGACGCGAUUGCCCAGAACUGGGAGUUGGCAGAGCAGGCGCCAGAGUCCGAGCGGUCACCCCUCAAAGUUUGGUUUUUAGCUGUCCCACCACGCGAUGUGGCUCUCCUAAAGGAGGGGCUGGAGCCACUUGAGCGGUUUGCUGCAUUGAACAUGCAGGUCGAAUUUAGGGAUAUUUAG